UGACCCACACCCCAUCUCCCUUGCCGGGUAUUGACUGUUACUUCCCCACACGAAGAAACCCGCGAAAGCAACACCCUCUCUCUCUCCCUCUCCCUCUCCCUCUCUUUCCAUUGAAGCUUCCAUCCUUUUCCCUUUUCUUCCCGUUUCCCAAAUAUCCUAAUCCCCUCCCACCUCAAACAACUGCCGCUCAAGUCAAACCCCCACCUCUUUUUCAACUCCCACUUUUCCCUUUUUCCUUCAUUUCAUUCAUCUUCCUCUUUUCACCCUCAUCGCCCCCCUUCCAAUUGCAAUUCCAGUGGCAGCAUGACGCCUGAAACUCAGAGCAUUGGAGAAUGUUCAAGUUCUACUUCAUUGAGCUCUCAUCAGGACGUCGAGGAUGAUCGCAUGAUUGCUGUUGCAUUAUCGGAAGAGUAUGCUAAGCUAGACGGUGCUGUUGCCAGACGCCUCUCCAACCUUGCCCCCAUUGCUCAUACUCCAAGGAUAAAUUUAUAUAUCCCCAACCAAAGUGAUGCCAGUUUGGAAUAUCAUAGGCUUCUUCAGAGGCUAAGUGUCUAUGGUUUGCAUGAAGUGAAGGUCUCUGGUGAUGGAAAUUGUCAGUUUCGAGCACUUUCGGAUCAGAUGUACAGAUCACCUGAGUAUCACAAGCACGUGCGGAAAGACGUUGUAAAGCAGCUAAAGGACCACCGUUCUCUAUAUGAAGGUUAUGUUCCAAUGAAGUACAGUCGUUAUUACAAAAAAAUGGCAAAAUCUGGUGAAUGGGGGGACCAUGUAACCCUACAAGCAGCAGCUGAUAAGUUUGCGGCAAAGAUUUGUCUCCUGACGUCAUUCAGAGAUACUUGUUUCAUUGAAAUUGUUCCACAAUCUCAAACUCCCAAGCGUGAGCUCUGGUUAAGUUUCUGGUCUGAGGUUCACUACAAUUCACUUUAUGAAAUUAAAGACGUUCCAGUUCAAGAAAAGCCAAGAAGAAAACAUUGGUUGUUUUAGGUAAAUGGAUUGUUGGGAGUAUAGAUAGCAUCCUAGAUAUUUGAGUAUACUACACUGAAAAAUUCUUGUUUUUCUAAAAGCAAAAAUGAAAAUGAAAAAGAAAAAGAAAAAGAAAAAGAAAAAUAAAUUAUAUGAUUGGUAUAUAUUUUUUAAUUGUAAGUAAAUAAUUCAUUACACAGAUAUUGCCUUGUAUUAGUGCAUUUAUGGAUCCAGUGAACUCUAUAAUGGAAUUAGUCUCAUUAUGAACUCAAA